GGGAGCACCGUGAGGCGUAGGAAAGUAUUAAGGUCUUGUACAAAUACAGCAGGUUGGAAAUUGCUGAUAUUGAGAUUGGGAAGCCUUUAACUGUUACUACUUCCUGUUCCCAGUCUGCUCGGCUGUGAUGUUGCUGGAGCUGAGGGGAAGGAAGCGUGUUUGUAGCAGUACCUGCGCCCUGGAGGUUAGAGAUCAGCUGCAAGUUUUACUGAGCACAGCGCAGAUAGCGAUCAACCUGGGCUCUCUGCAAGGACUCGAGGCUGAGUUUGAACCCCGUUUGAAUGGGACCGAAGAAAAGGAAAGUACUGACUGCUCAGCCUGGGGCGAGGGAAAGGGGAAGCGGGCUGUCUGUGGAGCUGCAGCCUGGUCUGGGACAGGCAGAGGAGCCAGAGCACCGGAGGCAGCAGCAGCUGCUGCCGGAGGAGCGUCCGGUCACCAGUGUCUACUUCAACAAAGUGGCACACCGCAGGCUAUCCUCGGGCUUCUUCACUCGGCCUUGUGUGACCUUGGCCAAAGAGUUUCUGGGCCAAGUCAUGGUCCGAAAGUUUACGGAUGGUAGUGAAGUGAAAGGCAGGAUAGUGGAAACUGAAGCCUACCUGGGCGGUGAGGACCAAGCAUCCCAUUCCCGCGGGGGCAAGCAGACUGCGAGGAAUGCCGCUAUGUUUAUGACUCCAGGCACCAUGUAUGUUUAUCAGAUCUAUGGGGUGUAUUUCUGCUUGAAUGUGUCCAGUCAGGGAGAUGGUGCGGCCGUUCUGGUACGAUCGCUGGAACCUCUGCAAGGACUGCACACAAUGAGACAACUUCGCAGCAAGCGGAGGAGAGAAGCUGGGAAGCCCCUCAAAGAUCAUGAGCUAUGUAAUGGACCCUCGAAACUGUGUCAGGCGUUAGACAUCACCAAGACGUUUGACAGGGGGGACUUGACUACGGCCACUGAGAUCUGGUUGGAACCUGGCCCCGAAGAAAUAAGUGCAUCAGAUAUAGUGUCCACCAGCCGUAUUGGGAUAGGCUAUGCAGGGGAAUGGGUUAACAAACCCUUGAGAUUUUACAUAAAGGGCAACAAAUGUGUGAGUGUUGUGGAUAAAGACGCUGAAAAGAUGAAUGACUAGUUGGAUUGUGCCAUUAAGCAUUCACUGUUAUGGUGCCCUCGUUUCUCGUUGUCUGUUCCGAAGAUUUAUUUUUUGCUGACAAAGGCUUCAGACUCUUAAUUCUGAGUAACUUAGCCUGUUGAAAACACCAAGUAUAAUGUAAUAUUCCAGGAAUUCUGAAUGUUCUGUUUUAUCUUUAUAGGGAAUUGAAUUGAAAACAUCUUAAAUGCCCAGAUUGGUUCAAACCCAUCACUCACAUAAAACCAAGAGUACAAUCAGAGGCCUCUUCAGAAAAUAGGAACUUGCCACAAUUUUUAAAACCACCCUGAACGAAUAAAACCCUCUCGUCUUCAGAUACAUAAUGAUGCAUCAGAUCCUGAGAAAAUACUUUAUGAAAUGUGUAUUAUAUGUCUUCACUAAUUUUCACAAUAAAAUGCCUUGUAUAUUUU